UAAACGGAGAGGUAAACGGACUGUGCUUUAUUGAUGACAGCAUACGUAAUUCUCUGUAUUCCUCGUCUGAGUGUCGCGAUCAUUUGUGACAAUAUUUGCCAUUAAUAAAUCGAUCGUUUAACACAAAAUGAAUCAGUUAAAUAGCGCAAAGCCAAUCCUCUAUUAUGAUGACAUUAGUCCUGUUGUCCGGAGUGUUCUGAUGCUGAUCGAUGUGUUAAAAAUUGAUGUGGAUCUCAAGUAUAUCGACUUAUUUAAAGGCGAACAUCGAUCCGAUGAAUUUUUUCAGAUAUCGCCCAACAGAACUGUACCGGCACUGAAGCACAACAAUUUUGUGAUCACGGACAGUCAUGCAAUUUUGAUUUAUUUGGUGGAAGAAUUCGGCCAAUCAGAUUCAUUGUAUUCUUCCGAUAAGAUGACCAGAAUCAAAAUCUUAGACCUAUUGUUUUUCAACGGAACGAAUUUAUUCCGAAAAGAUUCCGAUCUGAUGACUGAAAUAAUAGCCAAAACACUGACUGACAUGACACGGCACUCGACAAAAGUUCUUGAAUGUUAUGGAUCGUUGGAAACAUUCCUUACUAACUCUAGUUUUGUAGCUGGAAAUGAUAUGUCCAUCGCUGACAUUGCAAUCGUAGCUACACUCAGUACAUUAAAUUUGGUUCUUCCAGUGGAUGGUGUAACAUUUCCGUUGUUGAAAAAAUGGUUUGAAGAGAUGAAAAAAUUCCCAUUCUAUGCAGCUGGAAAUGUUCCAGGUCUUCAGAAGUUAAGAGACAUUGUACAACAUCGAUCAGAUCUACCAAUUGGUUUGGUUGAUUGAAAGUAUGUUACCGAAGCGGAAGAAGACUAUUUUUGUAUAAUUAUGUUUCAUAGAGACAGAAUAGAGUUAAUUUCAGUAAAUAUCAA